GAGGAGAGGCAAUGGCGAGGCAGCCGCGCUCCGCUCGCUCGUGUGCGUAUCGUUCUUACUUUAUGGAAGUCAUCAACUAUCGCUGCGGCGCAUCAGUCACCGCCGGGAGCUGCCCAGAGCAGGGCAAGGCUGGCUCGCUCUGAUUCGGGCUCUCGGUUAUUUACUUAAUGGAGAUUCGACAGCGAACAGAUAAAUGAGCGAGGCUGCCGGGUUCUGAGCGUGCCGAGCCCAACUUGUGCCCGCGGAUGAAAGAGGGAUGCUGAGGUGGUGUGGAGACAGCACUGAUGGAACUGGUGUGAGCCCCAGCAGGUCCCAGGAGCGCCCCGGAGCCAUUCCCAGCCCUCAGCUCCAGUAACACCCCCGGGCUCACCAUGGCAGCGGGAGUGGCGGCGUGGCUGCCCUUCGCCAGGGCCGCUGCCAUAGGAUGGAUGCCCGUGGCCAACUGCCCCAUGCCACUGGCCCCCACGGAGAAAAACAAGAGGCAGGAUGAGCUGAUCAUCCUCAACGUGAGUGGCAGGCGUUUCCAGACCUGGAGGACUACACUGGAGAGGUACCCGGACACUCUCCUGGGCAGCACGGAGAAGGAGUUCUUCUUCAACGAAGACACCAAGGAGUACUUCUUCGACCGGGACCCCGAGGUGUUCAGGUGCAUCCUCAAUUUUUACAGAACUGGCAAGCUGCACUACCCCAGGUACGAGUGCAUCUCCGCUUACGACGAAGAGCUGGCCUUCUACGGCAUCCUGCCCGAAAUCAUCGGGGACUGCUGCUACGAAGAGUACAAGGACAGGAAGCGGGAGAACGCCGAGCGGCUGAUGGACGACAACGACUCGGAGAACAACCAGGAGGGCUCCAUGCCCUCGCUCAGCUUCCGGCAGACCAUGUGGCGAGCCUUCGAGAACCCCCACACCAGCACCUUAGCCUUAGUCUUUUACUACGUCACCGGCUUCUUCAUCGCCGUCUCGGUGAUCACCAACGUGGUGGAGACGGUGCCGUGCGGCAGCGUGCCGGGGAACAAGGAGCUGCCGUGCGGGGAGCGCUACGCCGUGGCCUUCUUCUGCCUGGACACGGCGUGCGUGAUGAUCUUCACGGUGGAGUACCUGCUGAGACUGUUCGCGGCGCCCAGCCGCUACCGCUUCAUCCGCAGCGUCAUGAGCAUCAUCGACGUGGUGGCCAUCAUGCCCUACUACAUCGGCCUGGUGAUGACCAACAACGAGGACGUCAGCGGCGCCUUCGUCACCCUAAGGGUUUUCAGGGUUUUCAGGAUUUUCAAGUUCUCGCGCCAUUCCCAGGGCCUGAGAAUCUUGGGCUACACUUUGAAGAGCUGUGCCUCCGAGCUUGGCUUUCUCCUCUUUUCCCUCACUAUGGCAAUCAUCAUCUUUGCAACUGUGAUGUUUUAUGCGGAGAAAGGGUCCUCGGCGAGCAAAUUCACCAGUAUUCCUGCUUCCUUUUGGUACACUAUUGUAACCAUGACAACGCUGGGGUGAGUAUGACUUUUCCUUUUCCUGAGCAGCAGGCAAGCAUGU